GGCAAUUGACGCGAAAAUCGAGGAAUCUGCAAUACUGUAGUGUUAUUAUUUUUUAUUUAUUAUGAAUGUGAUAACAGUGAAGAAAAUUUGACAUAGAUGGGCUUAUAAACGGAGGGGCUUAUAUCCGAGAGUCUUAUAACCGGAAUAAAAAACCGUUUCGAAAUGAGCUAAAGCUGCACUUGUUGAUCGAAAUAGGUUUUUUACUUACUGGUGAUUAAGCUUUAAAUCAUCAUAAUAAGACAAAUUUGUAACAAGGAAAGCUAGAGGGGGGAAUUAUAUCCGGGGGGCUUAUAAGCGGGUGUAUUGUUUGGUUUACAGGAAUAUGGACCUUUAACCGGAGGGGCCUAUAACCGAAGGGGCUUAAAAGCGGCAGUUUCGGUAGUAUGUUACGCUUAGGUGAUAAUUAACAAUUACUCCACGAGCGCGCGUUGGAUAUGAGAUGGUAAAUAGCCAACGAGGCCUGUUGGGCCGAGUUGGCCAUAACCAGUCUCGUAUCCAACAAGCGCGAAUGGAAUAAUUGUUUUAUUAAAUUCGGUGCGCUUGUAUACUUGGAAAAUAUAGCUUCAUUUUAUUGGAUUUAAUUUUACAAAGCGACCGGUAAAAAUGCGGUUGAUGCGGUAAAAACAACAGCAAGUAGGAAUGACAUGACAUGAGCGCCGUUUGUAAAUUUAAUUUAAUGAAAAAUAUGAAAGCAAAGCAAGCGAGUCUGCUGAACGAAAAUUACAAUCAAGUAGAAUUCAAGGAACGUCUAUCAAAUGAAGGAGAUAAAACCUUGGUCAGCGGAGAGUUUGAAAAGCUUUCAUGUUCGAGUCAUCGAGAAGAGUAAUAAUUGUGCACUUGCACAUUGCAGCUGUAAAAUAUUGCGGAAAACGUUGAUCGCAAUGUGACGCAGACGCUGUUCCAAAAGUAUUCUUGACAAGAACUCUUUCAGCGUUCCCUUGCUUUAAAAGCCGUGGCAUUUCGAGCUGGAUGUGUGGAACUAAUAAUUGGCCAGAUUCAGAGUCAGGGACAGAAACUGUCUCUACGUCGGAUUCAUCUUUAGAAUCUCCGAGGCCACCCUGAUUGUUUUUCGUGGCUGGUAAAGAACCGGGCAGACUUCGGUUAAGCUCAAAACACUCAACGUCUUGAGGGGUUUUUCGCAAGGACAAAAUUGUUGGCGCUACCUAGCGCUGAUUCUCUCAUCCUCGUCUGCCAAUAAAGAGACCGAGGUAAAACUAGGUCUUCCUCUGUAUCUGUGCGGGAUUUUUGCUCUCGGCCGGUCCGAGCUCGCUAAUGUCGAAUAGCGGGAGUUGGUUCGUUUCGAGAUGUUCACUAAUAGCAUAUCUUUUUGGCUUUUUAAACAAGACAUCAGUCCAAGGGUCGUCGAGCAGGACGAAACCGACAUCACCCGCAUCACACGCGUCACAUUAGUGAUCAUAGAAAACACAUUGCUGGUUAGCUAUCGGCGAUUUUUACUUGAUUAACAUGCCAGCCUAAAGCAAUCGGGCAUUUUACGCUCACAUCAUUAUUAAGAGUAUUUUUUCCUUUAGAGAAUCAACCAUCUACGAUAUUAAAAAUUGGGUUAAAAAGGAUUAACUACAUCGGCUUCUUGUUUUGACGAAAAGAUUUAAGCGAGUACUGGAGAUAAUGAUGAUCCCAUCCGUCUAAUCUAUUUGCUUGAAUAAACGGUCGGUAUAAACAGAAUCGAAUUAUCUUGGUACCGUUGUUGAGGAGGUAUUCGUUUUCAAAGUCUCAUAGUUGUCGUCUGUUAACAAGUCUGCAGUUUUCGUGUUUUCCUUUUGGCCUUCGAAAGUCGAAUUACUGAUUCAGUUCUGUUUGAGCUUCUGGAAGAAACUUCGCAGUCCUAACAUAGAGAGCACUGCAAAAAAUCAGAUGAUGUGAAACGCAUUGUCGACUCUCGGUGACGAUGACACCUGUUAGCAUUAACUACCCUGAAAGGUGCCAUUACUGUUUCCGAGAUUUCAUUCAUGUUUCAAGAAACCUGUUAGAGAAUUAAUCAUCUACAUGUGAAAUGCGCCAACAAAUGUGGAUGUUUUUAGUUCAUGUACUUCUAUCCAACGCAGCGUUCGCUGGCAUCCCGUUAUGGCUCGACAAAGAUCCUUUUAACAUUUGGCAGCACAGACUAGUUUAUCGUAAUCUUGAGCAACUGAGUGUCACUGAGGAGACUAUUGACAGGGCCAGUUAUAAUUAUGGCCAAAACACAUUUCGCGUCUGGAAGGUUUUUCAUAAAGUGCUGAGAGGAGAGAAUAUCGGAAUGAUUGUCAUUGGAGGAUCGAACUCGGCUGGAGGAGGAAUCUCAGAUCAUAGACAACUUUAUCACCAGCUCUUCCUUCAUUGGUGGAAUAAUCUGAUUUUACCGCACACUGGUUCCAAACUUACCAUUAAAAAUUUGUCACUGGGGGGAACUGGAAGUGACUUCUUCAGCCUAUGUUUACAAAACUAUCUAACAAAGACUAAAGAACCCGACAUAGUGCUAAUCGAACUGUCAGUCAAUGAUUACGGGUACCUCUGCGGUGAGGCCGCUCAACCGAUGGAACAAUUAACCCGACGAGUAAUGUCGUUCUCGUCAGAGCCAUUAGUUGUGUAUGUAACGUUGGUCGACUUGAUCGAAAAAGUGAAGUGGUGGAAGAGUAUUUUAAAUCCAAGAUGCUACAAUCUUGAAGAUAUUGGACAGCACGAGAUUGCCAGAUACUAUAACAUAACUGUGUUGAGCUGGCGAGAUGUUGUUUGUCCAAUGGAUACGAUAAAAUCAAAGCGGCGCAUCGAGAUCAAGCCAAGCAUGAUAAACGCGGAUCAUAUUCAUAUUGGUGUCAAGAGUCAUGCACAAAUUGCAUUGAUGUUAACUCGUUAUUUCCAGAAAGAGCUGAAACGAAUGAUCUGUCAUCCAUGGAAGACUGUAAUAAAGACAGCUGAGUCCAUAGACAAAAUACCGCCUCUAUUUGUUCAAUUUUCAAUUUCAAAGUCGCUUUGCUGGUCACUCAUAUCGGCGAACUGGAGAAUGCCAGACGAAAGACAAUCACUCGAAGUCAAGAUCCUGAUACGAAAGGGUUUUCAUGAAAUUACUCCUCAGAGCAGGUGUGCAAAGAUGACCCGAACUGACACAGACAGAAGUGAUUCGUUUGGUGGUUGGCAAUCAAGGAAAGGAGGAAGCUUCAUUGAAUUUUCAUUCACCGCCCCUAAAAUGGCGAGAAAAACAAAUAAGUGGUCAAUUGGUUUAGUGCUUCGUCAUCUUCAAAAUGGAAAGAUCAAAAUUUCGCUUGAUGAAAACGAAAGCACCGCUUUUACCAUAACGGGAAAGAACUAUGGGACAGUCCUCUUACAGACGCGUAUUUACUUUCUAAGGACGAGGAUAACAUCCGGAAAAUACAAAAUGAAAAUAGAAACUGAGGGUAGGAAAGGUUUUGACGUACUUUUAAGUGGAAUGGUAUUAGGUCCUGCAGGUAUGAGGAAUAUAAAAGGAUAUAAGCCAGCUAACGCGUUACAGAAGGUUUGGUCACGUGAAAAUUACAAAGCGCUGGUUCUUCAUUGAAAAUAAUCAGCCUAGGUAUGGACUGACACAGUUCAUACUUGUCAUCAGAGUAUACUUCUGACAUUCACUCAAGCAUUUACACACUUCAAUGCAUAUAAGUAUGUAUAGUUGUUUCUUGCCGACUAUAGGCUGAAAAUAUUCUAGUCUACAUGCUUAGGUUACAGAGUAUCGGUUGUGACCAGGAAUUGAACAAUCAAAAAGAAUUAUCCUAAUUAUAAAUUUGCGUUUUAAAUUAAACAAAAUUGAAAAUUUGCGUUUUGAAUAGUAGGGAAUUUCUUUAUCAGAUGUAUAACUUUCUUCCGUUUAUCUUCGAUCCAGCGAUGUAAAAAAAUGGCUCAAAAAUAAAACAAGCACAUCGUCCGAGUGAUUUUGAGAAAGCAAGGGUUUCAUGUUACAUACCUUUGAGAGCAAAACAAAAGUAUCAAGUUGCAAACGUUUGCGAGAAAAGUAACAGGGUCGUACUGGAGGGAUUUUUGGCACGGUUCACGAACAGAAAAAUAGCAAAUCACGGAUUUCAAAAUUUCAAAUCACGAAUAUAAGCAAGAGGUACUCUUUUUGAUAACCUGCUCUUACGCAAGAAAGGGUGUUGAAGAAAGCAAAAUCAUGAAUACCCUGUACGACCAUCAUCAAGGAAAGCUCUGUGUUACUUGGUGGUUUCUGAUGCCUUCCGAGGUUUGAUGUUUUCAGCCUUAAGGCCCGGUUCAAACGUCGCGCUAUCGUCGUGUCGAAACCGAUUUUAUAAAGUUCGAAUUCAGCGCGAUUGCAGCGCGACAGUUGAUUCAAACGUCAUACUUAAUAGCCGCUUACUCGACCCAAGUCGUCUCUACGAGAACAUUGCAUUAAUUCCCGAAUACAGCCUUCUUUCCCACCUUUCGCGAAGAGUUAGAAUUUGAUUUUGCUGUCGAUACGCUUGAACAUUCCGAUAAAUCCAACUUUGGACUGAUUUCGAGUUGCUCAGAUGAUAGGCCUUAAUCUUUGUGCUCUGAAUCCAAGCUUUCGUCGACAUUCACAUCGACAUCCCCACAAGCAUAGGUACCUCUCCAAGCCGCUAUUUUUCCAUUCUCGUCCCCAGAGCCUCCGCUUCUUUUGAUCACGUGGUCGGCGAAACGGAGGGCUCUGGUGGCAGCAAUUACCGGAUGUCUGUAAAUCAUGGUAAUCCGGUAACGCAUGUGUAAUUUUGGCCCGCAUAUCUGCUCAUGCUCAGAAACUAAUCCUGAGGGAGCGGAGAGAGGAAUAGAGUGUGUUCUUCGGUGUAAACAGGUCGGACCUCGAAGAAAGAAGCGUUGACAUAAGGUAAUUUAGAGUUAAAAAAAGAAUAGAAAGCCGCCUUGAAUGCUGUCGCCGCUUCAAACACGAUUGCAAGCUUGUCUAAUAUUUUACUAAUGGGUUUCGUUGUGCAUUUUGUGGUGAACCGUCUAGAAAAAGUCAGGGAUCGAUAGCUGUGUUCUGGUUUCUUAAUUCUCUUCAUAUUCGAUAAAAAGGAGAAGUUCAAAGAGCGAGGUGCAGUUGUUAGAGCUUUCAAGCAAAGUUAUCAGGAUACUACAUGUAUCACGUCUGUCGAUGGCAUGGUAAAAUUUGUUUAUGGACACACGAAAGCGUUUAUGGAAAUCAGCCGUGGAUAUUGCAUCACUGACCAGAGGAUUUAAAUAUAAGCCGUGCUGAUAGAUGAAGGGAAAAUUUCCUAGUGGUAAGAACUAUUUACUUCCUGGUUAUUUACAUAGGUUUGUAAGGAGCAGCAGAGUAGAAAUCUGUUGAACUCAGGAAAGUUUUGUUGUAUUGGAGUUUUGCUCAUCUUUCCUUGAAAGGAAUGCAAUAAAGGUGCUCAGUUUCAUAAGAUCUUUCGUGUCCUCCAUUUUCGAAUUUUUCAAGUAACCCCAUUCUGUUCUUUUCUUUUUACAAAAAAGGUUCUUACACAAUCAAGAGAUCAUGUUGUCAAGUUAAACCAAUCAAUCAACUUUCAUUGUGCACAAUUUUUACGGAAUUAAUUUACAUCAGUAUUAUAAUAAAAUAAAUUUGAGAAGA